AUGAGCCCGCUGGUGGUGGUGGCGGCGGAGGGGGUGGUCCUGGCUCUGAUGAGGGUGGCGGUGGGGGAGGAGGCUGCGAGUCGCUGGGCGGAGGCGGUGGAGGAGGCGAUGCUGGAGGUGGUGGUGGGGGCGCAGCAUUCUCUGCAGGCGGAGGCGGCGGCGGUGGCUGUCCUGUCCCAUCGCCAUCAUCAGGCGGCGGUGGUGGUGGCGGAGUGGCUGGCAUUGUUGACCAGCGGCUCGUCGCAAUGCUCUCUUGGCCUCUUCAAGGACCUCUACACCAUGCGCUGGAUGACCACUCCUUCCUCUUCCCUCAAGAUUGCCUUGGUUUUCAUCAUCGGCUACACAAACUGGCGUCUCGUCACGCCCCAUGUACGCAACCCAUUCGAGCCAUUCCUCUUCCUUUCGCAUCGCGUGCCCGUAGCACAGGUCUUGAUGGCCGAGCCAAAGGCUGCCCUCACAGGAGACACCGUGCGCUACCAAAAAGGAUACUUUGAUCUUUGCUUUUUGGCAUUCUACAUUGUCGUCUUCAGCUUCAUCCGUCAAACUACGACCAUCUACCUAUUCAGGCCUUUCGCCGAGUGGUGGGGGAUCAAGAAUGAGACCAAGAGGGAGAGGUUGACCGAGCAGUGUUAUGCUAUCCUCUACUGGGGAACUUUCGGCGCCCUCGGCACCUACGUCAUGUCUCAUCAAGAAUCCUGGUGGUUCAACCUCGAGCAUCUCUGGCUCAAGUAUCCUCACUGGCAGAUGCGCGGAGAGCUCAAGCUCUACUACCUCCUUCAGUUCAGCUACUGGCUGCAGCAGGCCCUCGUCAUGAUCCUCAAGCUCGAGAAGCCCCGCAAGGACUACUACGAGCUCAUCGCUCACCAUCUUGUCACGCUCUGGUUGAUUGGCUGGUCCUAUCUCAUCAACCUGACGAUGAUCGGCACAACGGUCUUCGUGUGCAUGGACAUUCCGGACACCUUCCUUGCGCUGAGUAAAGUACUCAACUACCUUGCGCUGGACAAGCUGGCUACCGUCGUCUUCGCGGGCUUCAUGUUCAUCUGGACCUACUUCCGCAUCUACCUGUCGAGCGUCACCCUCUGGUCGGUCUGGAGCCAGUUCGACCUGAUCCCUGCGCAUACCCGCGAAUGGAACCCGGAGAAGGGAUGGUGGCUUGUCCCCUGGAUGAAGUACCAGAUCUUCGCCCCCCUCUUCCUCUUGCUGCUACUCAACCUCUUCUGGUACUACCUCAUGUGGCGCAUUUUGUUCCGCGCUGUGAGGGGUCAUGUUGCUGAUGAGAGGGAAGAGGGAGAGUAUGAUGAGGAAGAAGAGGAAGCGAAGAGGAAGACGGAGGAGGAUCCGUAUCCUUUGCAUAUCUCGAAACGUUCGGGCAUUUGUCGUCUCGCGCUGGUAACGAAGGGCUGA